AGUGGAUGGGACGCGCAGGUUCGCCAAUACAAAAGGGGAAGCCAGCGAUUACGAUCUUCCAUUCGUUCGCUCGUUCCAAUUAUUUUGUCCAAUUAAAAUAUCGAUUUUCUCCCUCCGUUGCUGCUCUUUCGCGAGUACGUUCGCCUUUUGCUGUGUCGUCGUUCUACCCCUCGUCUAACUCCCCACUAACCAUUCUACCCCUUAUUCAAUGGCAAACACCCUUCUUCCAGAGAGGAAUACUGAUUUUUAGUGCCCUAGACCAAACAAAUUAGCGUUUCUUAAUAUCCCAACUAAAUAAAUUGAACAUAGGUACACGUUUCUGAAGAAGGUCUUGGAUACACCUGGAGAAAAACAGUUGUAUUAUUCGGUUCACCAUAAUUUUCGAUCGAAUGAAUAUUAAUGAGAUUACACAAGUGAUUAUGCUAUUGAAGGCUACCUCGUUGAUACACGUUUAACAUAAAACAAUGACAGGUGCAUAUUCAGAAGUUUGAUGAAAUCAACUCAUUACUACAUUCUGAAGAUAAUUUCAUUUGACUUUUCGAAAGUUUACUUAUUCAGAACUAUAUGCAUGAAUAUCCAGAAAAAUUUGCCAAUUGAAAAUCGAGAGAGAGGUAAUGAUCCGCGCUAAUAGGAUCGCUCGAAAGGAGGGAAGGAAAUUUUCGCGAGGGUGAUCAAUCACGGGCGUUUCGCGAGUAGGGAACCAGAAGAGUUCCAACGGACGAUUUCUUCCUUUUUCAGGGGAAGAAAUUAUCCUUCUAAACGGCUAUUAGAUACGACCGGCGUGUGGAAGUUCUCUGAGAAUAGACGGUCUAAUUCCGUGAACGGGAGGAAGCGAAGAACGGAGAAAGCAGAUGAUGGGGUGAAAGAGAAAGAGAGGGGGGGAAGUUGGAAACGGACCACCAUGAUUGCAAUUUUAACGCCAAUUUGACUUGAAUCUUUCCUGGAGGAAAGAAAUAGUGUUUUCAUGCUCAAUAUAGCGGCCUGCUAAUAAUUAACAACCAUACCAUGCCACUUUGUCAUUUAUACACACAGGGUGUCCUCAUAAUUCUCAUUCAAAAUAUUCUUUCAAUUUUUAGAUAAUUAAAAUUCAAUCAUGAUGAUCUUUUCUAUAUUCCAUUGAGCUCAAGAAACAUUAUCGAAUACACGUGUAGUUUGUUAAAUUUUUCAAGCUCCUAUUAAAAAUCUGUCAAUCGUGCAAUGAUAGAGAUACGUUUUUCUCAGGGAACGAAACGUUGCAGAAACAGUUCUAGGAAAUGUCGAGCAAAACUCGUUGACACACCGAGUACGUGUACAGAGUGGGUCUUGCAGAGCUAGCGGGUGGUCCUCAUUAUGUCGGCUUCCCCACCGCUCAGCCGUCCUAUCUAUUUAACGUAUCGUUUGCCUUGGUAACCAUCCAAAUUGGCCCAUCCCUCUCUAUACACCAGCAACGACCAUCUCCCGAUCUCACUCGUGUUCUCCUUAAUUAUUGGGAAGUCGGUGUUUAAUAACGUUCAGCUCGCGCGACCUUUAAUAGAAAACACUCGUUUCCUGCAGCAACUUGACUCGACGUCAGAAACGUUUGCUCGUCGAGGCUUAGACGGAUCGUACGGUGAUUUUCUUUUUUCCAACCGGGUUUAAACGUCGCGCAAAAUUAUUUACGAUCUUCGUGGAAUUUCUAUGAUUUAUCAUCGGCCAGGUAUUUCCUGAUUUCCUGAAAAUUGCAUCAAGGAAUUCAACGCACGUGCACCAGUUAUUCGUAUUUUAAGAUAUCAGAGAAGAGAUGGACGUUGAUUUUCUUAGUUCUUCCUUUAUUAGGGACACUCAAGAUCGUUUAUAUUCGCGUGUACGCAAAUAGAAGGUUUAUCAGUUGGACGAAUCCUAAAGUCAAUGGUCUGUGAAUUUUGAUGACUAUGGUAACGAAAGAUAGGAAAGUUGAAUCGCUUUACGAGCUCCUUUAUUGCGUUUCUGAUUUCCUCGCGAUUGAUCGCCGCGAGAAACGAUCCAGAUUCGAUAUUAAAAAAGGAACGGUGGAAUCGUAGAGGGAUGGCGGACAAGGUAGUUAAUUUAAUUCAUUUCUGUGUAAGAAAAGUUGACAAUUUUUCGAAAACUCUUCGCAAAAUGUGAAACAGCAGAAUGAUCCGGUGAAACGAGCGCGAGUUCGCGAAUUCAAUAAGCUAUAACGUUGGCCGAUAACGCGCGCGUAAACCGAUUUCCCGUCGUCGAACGAUACACGGGCCGAUCUGUCCGCUCGAAACUACGUACAAUUACCGUUUUAAUCUGCAGUUUCUAGCGCUAUAAAUUGCCACGAGUUUACAUCGACACCGACAAAAGGGAACGAGACGUCGCGAGCGAGAGAGAGUUCGCGCAGGGAAGUUGGAGCGAUCAAAUUUAUCGCUCGAGCCAAUUCCGCGCGCAAAUGGAAGAACGUCGUAUGAGCUUUUAUUCCGUCGCGUUAUCGACAGCCUCGAUCGACCUUUCUUCUCUUUCCCCGUGUCUCGUUUUCACCGGUUAUAUCGAGCCAAGUCGCCGGUUGUGCCAACGGUACAAUUAAUUGCCGAGGAGACGCGAAAAUCCGAGGUUCGCCCGUCGUAUCCGCGGAGAAAUAUGAAGGAGGAACGGCUACGGAGUGAUUUUUUAACGGCCACCGUUAUUCCGCGAAACGAUGUUUGCCGAUGGUAAUCUGUAGAAUGGAACGGGAGAGAGGUGAUAUAGGGUCCCCGGGAAAAUGAAGAUUCGACGCGAUUCUUUUCCACGCGAUUUUCAACGGAAAAGCGAUCCUUUACUCCGAUACGAAUUCGCGCGAAACAGAAUUGAUAUACCGAUACGACGGUGUGAUUUGAAAAAAAUAGAUUCGCAAUGUAAACGCGAGCAAAUGAUUCACAAAUAACGAUCAUCUAAUUGCAAUUACAGCAACGCGUUUAACGUUCCUAUAAACCUUGUAAUUAGGAUUAAUGUAACUAUAACGAGGAUCGUUUCACGGUUUCGAACGUAACAACAAUCGUUCCAAUUAAUGUAUAAUCCUAGUGGAAUCAGAUUGAAUCGGUCGCGUAUAAAUAAAACGAUCCGUUAAUAGACGUGCAGUCAGGGUAAAAUGUAAUCAAAGCGCUAGUGCAGUUGAUUCGAUCGAACCGCGAUGAAAAUAAUCUAUUCAUGACGCAGUAUCGAUAUAAUUGGAUUAAACGCGUUAUAAUUCGAGGUACUAUGGAUAUCUAAUUACAGAUAUUUGCAAAUAUAUAAUCGUCCGAUUACGUAUGCAAAUAUCAUAGACACUAAUCGCGUUUGAAUAGUAAUGAAAGAGUUUCAAGUAAGCGUAAUAAUUUAUUGGGAAUACUAAUCGUCAAGAUCGCCGUGUAACUCGUUACAUCAACAACGUUACACGAAAGAUGCAAAUGGGAAGAGAGAAUCGAUUUCAGCAAAGAUAUCGAUCCCCUUUGCCGGGCGGAUGAAGUGGCAGUAAGAGACGGCGGAAGUUCGCGCGAUGAAAUUUACGGCUGCAGCCAAUUCCGCGCAAAUGGAAGAGCAUCAUCUAUGAGGUUUUAUUCGGCCUGCUUAUCGGCAUCCCCUAUCGGCAGGCAUUUGUUUUUGCUUAUCGUCGGGCUACGUCAACGGGCCACCGUAAAUAUGACGGACGGAUGCGACGAUGGGAUCUCAGCGGCGUCGGAACAAACGAGCGCUACACGGACGUAGCCUGAAAAUCUCGACGGCUCGAUUUAGGGGGAUGAACGACCGAGAGUCGAACUUCCGUGCCCGACAGGGGCUCUUGUUCGACUACGAAUCGAUAUACCUGGCUGCGCGAACCAACGAAAUCCACGAGUAAAGGGCUGCUCCGACAAAACUUCUCUUCUCUGGCUCCUUUUCAAUCAUCGUUUCUAUGUUUCUGAAAGGGGAUGGUUCUUUUUUAUGUACCAGAAAUGGACAUUGGAACAACCUUUCCGAUAAAUACGAAGAUGGUUUACAAGUCUCAAAUUCUUUUAAUUAAAAUUGUGAAAGUGCAUGGUUGUGAUGGUGUCACGAUAUUUAAUAUUCGAAGCUCAAGGAAGAGAGCAGGUUGGAUCAAUAACGAGAGGAUGAUCGAAAACGAGCGAGGCUGCAUUUUUUGGGUCUUAAUCACCGGCCCUAAUUGGUCAAUUACGCUCAUUACCGUCUCCUCGGUAGAGAGGCGAGUCGAACGAUAAAAUCUCUCUCCUCUCUCUUCCUCUCCGUUUAGCAGAGGCUGUUUCCCUCCCACCAGACUGCAGCGACGGGUAAUCCAUGCCCCUUAGAAACGAGCGGAUAGCAUUUGCAAGAGAGAAACUUAUCCCCUGGCAGGAAAAAUCAACGGGUCUAUAGCCUGGGUUCAGUUUGUUCCGUGGAUAGAAACCCCUUGCAACCGAGGCGGAGCCAAACGAGCCAUGCCCCUUCUGUCGCCUCGCAGGCCUCGCCCACUUUUGGAUUUCCCCUUUCUCACACUUUACUCCCCUCUCUCGGCUCCGUUCAAGCUUGUUCGUCGUCUCUUUUCAAGCUACGUCCCCCACUAACUACGGCGCCUCCACCCGCAAAACGAAAAAGUCCGAGCGCCGCAGCCGGCGAUGGUCAAAGUCAGUCCACACGGAGAGCUCGAGUCGAGUAGAGGCUAGUCCAGGUCAGCUGGCCAGAGAUCCAUCGAUCCGUCGAUCCCGGCACCUGUCAAACGCGCGACAAUCCGUAAACGGACUUUCAGUGACUCCUUCAGCCUGUCAUCGAUCGUGACUUCCGUUACCUUCGAACCAUUUCUGUACUUUUCCAUUGGGAUUCAUUCGUCAACCGGUGACAGACAGUGGAAACAUAGAAGUACACUUUGAUUCUAUUGUUUUCGAAGUCAGUGAGAAGAUUGGGACAGUUUUUGGGUAGACACGAGAUGCUGGAAGAUUAAAAGACUAGAGUGAUACAGUGAAGGGAAUAAGGGUAUACAGAGAGUGUUCAAUCGCGGUCUAAGAAUGACAGUACUAAGGAUGACCUCCCCGCUGACGCCUCCAUCGACCAGUCCAGGUUCAAACGAGGCACAGGCACCCCAGGCGACGUCGAAGCCGGUGCAUCGAUUGAGCUUCUCCGUCGCUGCUCUGUUGGCAGACACCAAGAAGUCCGACUCCUCAAGACAAGAGACAUCCUCCGUCUCACCUAGAUCGUCACCACUGACAUCCUACUCCCCCGUCAGACAAGAUGCUCUCCCCCUGUCGAUCACGCCGAGUUCGAUCUUGCAGAAGUAUCCGAGCGACUACAGAACAAGGUAUCUCUCCGUCUCCCCUGGCAUCCAGGAACACAGGCCGAGUCCGUAUACCUUCUGCGACACCUCCAGAAGUGCCAUCGACGCGAGGAUAUCGAGCAGGUUCUCCGAGUCGGAAUUGGAUAGGAUAGAUUCGCCUAAUCAGCGAAGCAGGAGCAUAGAUUACAUGAUCCAGACGUCUACCGACUCUGGAUCCACAUCAGACGCGGCGGCUUGUUCCUCCUCGCCUAAAGCUACCACGGUCAGUCAGUCCGACUUUGGUCCUCCAUCUCCCAGGAGCAGCUCGCACGAGGCUAGGUCCAGGUGUUCCGAAACGGAGGACAUCGAGGAAGACGAUGAAAACAGUUUGGUAGAUGUCGAGGACCUGCAGCAUCACCAUCAGAGCACUAGUCCCACGCCGGUCAGGCCGACGCCAGCCUAUUUCGCAGGGUUCUCCAGUCUGGGCAGCAUCUCUGGCAUCCCCGCUGGUCUUCAUCCAGCGGUUUGGGGUGGUGGGCAUCAGAGUGCAGCCGCAGCCGCAGCCGCAGCCGCCGCUGCAGCCGCGACAGCCGCGGCCGGCUUCAUCCCCACGCAUUUCUCGCAUCAUGCACCCCUAAAUGAGAACGGAGAACCGGCCAAGAUCAAGUGCAACCUGAGGAAACACAAGCCGAACCGGAAGCCGAGGACACCUUUCACCACGCAACAAUUGCUGGCGCUCGAGAAGAAGUUCACGGAAAGGCAAUACCUGAGCGUCGCCGAGAGGGCCGAGUUCUCGUCAUCGCUUCAUCUGACCGAGACCCAGGUGAAGAUCUGGUUUCAAAAUCGACGCGCGAAAGCGAAACGGAUGCAGGAAGCGGAGAUCGAGAAAUUGAGGAUGUCGGCGGUCAGGCAACACCACACGGCUCUGUACGGUUCUCAUCCGGGACUAUUGGCCCCGGCCAGUCUCUAUCCCGUUGGAAUGCUCUCUCAUCCAGGCUUAACACCCCAUCAUCCGAUCUCUCAACACCCGUCCAGGGAAUGAAGGCAACCGGAACACACGGAGACCAUCCAAGAUCGGUAGCGAACAAACGAUUUCCUUUUGGAAUUAUUGAUAGAUCGGUGAAUCGAUCGUAGACUGAAGACUUAUGAAGAAGUUGAAUAGAUAGACUGAUGAAAGAGCAAAUCUGAGCAAAGUGUUUGGAUGAAUAAAGUUCAAAAGGUGGAGAAUUUAAUAGAAAUUGAAAAUUUUGAAUAAUCAAGUGGGGUUGUUUCUGGAUCUGAGGAGGACAUUUGAUCUGACCAAAGUUGAUGAAGGAAAAAUCUAACCAAAAUGGAAUCAUCAGACAAUCGACUCAAUGUAUACUUUAUUUUCAGGAACUUCAAUUCGAGUGAAUUGACUGAAUCGUCCAAUUAAGGGUGAGAAAAUAUAUAAAAGACAAAGUGCUUCCAUGGGGAAGUCAGAAUCUAUUUGUGCCAAUUUCAGAUGAGUCCUAUUAGGAUCCAUCUUUGUACAUAGUCUGUAAAUAUUGUUCUCAAGUUGAAACUAAAGGUAAUCCUGUAAAUACGAUGCUCGUAGAUUUACGUGAGGGGAACGGUGGAUCGACACCACCGAGCCUUUUUCCAAUUUUGUAUAAAUGUAAAACCAUCGUCGAAGAGAGUAGCAGAGUUUAUUUAAUAAAUCACAGUAUAGAAGCACAA